AUGAGUAAAAUCUUAGUUCAUUGUAGACUCAUUGAUUCGCUCUCGUGCUCCCUCUGGCCAAAUACUUAUUAUUACACUUUUCAUUGCCAUACGAUCGUCUUGGGAAGUUUCUAUUUGAACUUGAACGCAGCACAAUAUUGCAUUUCCGCCAUGGCUCUCCAGGAAGACCCGUGCAGUGAAGUUCAAGUUUUGUUAUCAUUUUCUACCUUUUCCCGUCCCACCACAUUACCUUUGGGUUCUGGAUAUGAAGUGCUUUAUGAAACAUUUUUGUCCGUUUAUGGACAUCAUAUCGAUGUCCUUCGCAAAUUCAUCAUUCAGAUAUAUUCUGAUGAAUGGGGACAAUACAUUGAUUUUCCUAAAGGUUUUACCAUUUUGAAGAAAGCCAGGCUACGACUAGUGCCUUUACAAUCAGAGGGGACACCAUUGGGCAACCUUACUCCAGACACCACAGCAUUCUUUUGUUGUGAUAUGCAGGAAAGAUUUCGUCCUGCUAUCAAGUAUUUUGAGGAGAUCAUCAGUGUGGGACAGAGACUGAUCCAUGGAGCUCACCUUUUAGGCAGCCCGCUCAUCGUAUCGGAGCAGUACCCAAAAGGUCUGGGAAGCACUGUCCCAGAGCUGGACAUCUCCACUGCUAGACUGGUUUAUCCCAAGACCAAAUUCUCCAUGAUCCUUCCUGAGGCGGAAAAGGUUUUGGCAGCAUUUCCAGAGAUCCGCUCCGUUGUUUUAUUCGGGGUGGAGACCCAUGUGUGUAUCCAGCAAACAGCGCUGGAUCUGAUUGGCCGGGGAUACGAGGUCCACGUCGUGGCAGACUCCACCUCCUCACGCAGCAUGGUGGACCGGAUGUUUGCUUUGAAAAGAAUGGCCCAGCUUGGAGUCAUCAUCACCACCAGUGAGUCUGUGCUUCUGCAACUGGUCGCUGACAAGGAGCAUCCCAAGUUCAAAGCAAUCCAGAGCAUUAUCAAGGCAAGCGCUCCGGACUCAGGCCUGUUAUUAACUGUAUAACACGGGCUGUUGUCAUUUAACUAUACUAUACUGUACUGUACUGAUACCAAAACGGUACAAAAGUGUAUCGGGGUACGCACUGUUCAACAAUAGGAAUGUAUUACUGUAAUGGUUAACCUCCUUUAUACACUGGCAUAGUAUCUGCUUUUAAGUCACCGCAUAUUGAGCAAUGAUCGAGACACCAGGAAACAAAUUCAUUCUGUAAAGAUAUCACUGUGCUACAUGUGCUAAAUGAAAUAAAGACAUUCUGUAAUGUU